AUGGCUAGCAUUAGCAUGCCUCGCCUCUCAUUUUCACCACUCCUCCGCGCCCUGACGGCCGUCCUCCUCGUCUCGACCCUGACCUCUGCCCUUGUUGUCCCUCGUGUCGAGCAGCAUACCUUUAGUUCCGUGACCCCAUCGUCAUCGUCGGUGUCGACGACAUGGACUGAGGAGGAGCAAGUGGACCCGACGGGUAGGGCGUUCCCUAGGUUGAAGAACGAUUUGAUCCUGAGGGCUGCGAGGGGCGAGGAGACGGAGAGGGUUCCUGUGUGGGUUAUGCGGCAAGCUGGGCGGUACCUUCCUGAGUUCCGCAAGGUCAGGGAAGAACACGAAUUCUUCGAAAUCGUCCGGUCCCCUGAACUGGCCACAAUAGUAACCCUUCAACCCGUCGACCGCUACAAUAACCUCCUCGACGCCGCUAUCAUCUUUUCCGACAUCCUUGUCGUCCCCCAGGCACUCGGUCUUGUGGUAGAGAUGCUCCCCGGGAAGGGACCUUCCUUCCCCAACCCAUUGGCGUCACCGGAGGAUAUGAAGAGGUUGAAGAAGAAGGUGGAUGUGCAUAGGGAGUUGCAGUAUGUGUUUGAUGCGAUUACGAUGACGAGACAUGCAUUGGAGGGGAGGGUACCGUUGAUUGGGUUCUCUGGUGCUCCCUGGACUCUGAUGGCAUACAUGGUGGAGGGAGGAGGGAGCAAGACGUUCUCAAAGGCCAAGACAUGGAUCUUCCAGCACCCUAAAGAAUCCCAUGAACUCUUGCAAAUAAUCACGGACGUCUCCGUCGACUACCUCGUCGCCCAAGUCCACGCCGGAGCGCAGAUGCUCCAAAUUUUUGAAUCCUGGGCCGGAGAACUUGGCCCCAACGAGUUUGAGAAAUUCUCUCUCCCGUACCUCAUUCAAAUCGCGCGUCGCGUCAAAGCAGAGUUAGGACCUGAGAAGGCAGUGCCCAUGGCGGUGUUCGCAAAGGGCGCCUGGUUCGCGUUACACAAGUUGUCAGAUCCUUCUUCUGGGUUUGAUGUGGUCUCAUUGGAUUGGAGUCAUACCCCUGCGGGUGCCAAGGGUGUGAGUCGUGGAAGGGUGACGUUGCAGGGGAACUUGGACCCAACUGUGCUUUUGAGAGGGGAGGAUGCGAUUGUUAAAGAAACCGAGAAGAUGGUUCGAGGUUUCUUUGGUGGUGCUGAUGGUGGAAAGAAAUAUAUUGCGAAUUUGGGACAUGGGAUCCUGCCGGAUGUGUCAGUGGAUGCGAUGGAGGUUUUCUUGAAGACUGUUCAUCGCGUGGGGCGAGAGGUUGCUGCCGAGGGGUGGAAUGAGGCUGAAGGUGAGGGUGAGGGUGAGGCUGAAUUGUAG